CAUCAUCAACAGAUAAAGAAAUGUUGAGGUACAAGGACGAUGUUUAUGAUCGUUUGUGGAGAUCCUACGGGAGAAACCAGUGGAAGCCUUUCUUAACUACUUCUCUUACUGAUGCAAACUCUAUCAAAAAUGGAAAGUACCAAAUACCGUUCACCGUCAUGAACACUGCAUACACUCGAAACAGAAAUAGUACUGAUGACAUUAUAAUUGAAUGUGAUAUCAGCAGCAGACCCACCGAAAGAUAUUUCCUCUACAUUCAUUUAGCAGAACUCGAACAGCUCGACGAGACCGAAACAAGAGAAUUCAACAUCUACGUUAAUAAUAAUUUGUGGUACCAAAACGAGGUUCCCAAAUACUUGAUCCAAAGUACAAUAUAUAGCACCAUUAAUGACACAGAAGUUGAAGGUGGAGUACCGAAACUGAGAAUUUUGUUUAGAAAAGCCGAAAAGUCAUCUCUACCGCCUCUUAUAAAUGCCAUAGAGGUUUACGUGCAAAAGGAGCUCUCUCUAACGGAAACCAACCAAAUGGAUGGUAUGACUCUACAUGUAUUAUGA